UCGAUGCCCCCCUCGCAGUCGCGACUCGCCUCCUCCUCCCCGUUCCCCAUUCAUCCUAAAGGCCUAAACCCUAGCCUCGCUGCUCCCGCGCUCCGGCCGCCGGUGCGUCCCCUUCUUCGCCGGACGCCGGCGCCGGUGCAAGGACCCGCCGCCGCCAGCGCAUCCCGUCCAGGGCUGCACGGCCACCUGCGUCCUGUGGGCUGUGCGCCCCCAACGCGAGUUCGACGCCGACCAGCGCCAGGUCGACGCCGUCUGCCCGUCACCACGGGUGGCAGCGCCGCCGGACGGCGCCCUCCAGUGCGGCAGCGCGUGCUGCUCCGGUCUCGCGGCUCCCAGAUCCCGCCGCGGCACCCGCAGUUUCACAGGUACUAACUAAUUCGGUGACAGUUACUGUACUGUUGGUGUGCCAGUCCCAGUUUGCUGCACAUGCCCUAUGAUAUGAGAUAGUCUUGUGAAAGAGAUUGGAAAGAUGGCAUCGAAAGGUCCCCGGUCAAAGCUAGACCAUGAGACAAGAGCUAGGCGUCAGAAGGCUCUUGAACACCCAAGGGAGCCUCGACGGCCAAAAGUUCACUGGGACCAUGUUCUUGCUGAGAUGGUGUGGCUGGCAAAGGAGUUUGAUUCUGAAAGAAAAUGGAAGUUUUCUAUGGCAAAAAAGAUUGCUCAAAGAGCCAACAAGAGCAUAGUUGACCAAGCAACAAAGGGGGAGCGAAAACAGAAGGAGGAGGAACAUAGAAUGAGAAAAGUCGCCGUUAAUAUUUCUAAGGAUGUGAAGAAGUUCUGGAUAAAAAUAGAAAAGCUGGUUGUCUAUAAGCAUCAACUGGAGCUUGAGGAGAGGAAGAAAAAGGCCCUUGAUAAACAGCUUGAUUUCCUUUUAGGUCAAACUGAAAGGUAUUCGACAAUGUUGGCGGAAAACCUUGUGGACAUGCCCUAUCCCCAGAAACUGGAAAACGGAACUUUGCAGACAAAUCAAUCAUCUCAUCCUGAGGAAGUAGCAGAAGAGAAUGUAAAUGCAGCAAUAACUGAUGAUCCUGAUAAUAUGGAAGUGGACGAUGAUUAUGAGAGCUCCUUGGAUGAAGAGCCUGAAGAUGAUGAGCACACAAUUGAUGAGGAUGAAGCUCAUAUUACCGAAGCUGAGCGCAAUGAAGAAUUAGCUGCUUUACAGGCAGAAGGAGACCUACCACUGGAUGAUAUUCUCAAGAUGUAUACAGAAACCAAAGUCAAAUAUUUCUCAGUUAGCAGGGAAAGCAGCCCAGACAGCAAAGACACAUUAAGUAACUUAGGCUCGAAGAAUUUGAUUGUAGAUUCUUUGAACCAGGCUAAUGGCUACGAUCAUGAAGAAUCAUAUGACGAUGGCAACUCGUCAAGUGACGAUGGCAACUCUUCAAGUGACGAUGGCAAUUCUUCUGAGGAAGACGACGACGACCAAUCUUAUGCUGAUUUUGUUAAGAAGAAUCAUGGAAAAAGUAAUGGCAAUAUCUCUUCUAUCGAUGAGCAGGAGGAUGAAGACUAUGUUGCUUCUGAUGAAGAUGAAGGAAAGGAUGAUGAAGCAACUUUGUCUGAGGAGGAGGAGCUGGCAAAGAAAGAAGUUCCUGAUCAUCUAGACGAGAUUAAGUUAUUGCAAAAGGAGAGUGAGAUACCACUAGAAGAACUUGCGAUGUACCAGAAGGAUGGCUAUGCAGAUCAUGAAACAACGGAGUUGGAGAAUUCACCCUGUCUUGUUGAAGAGACUAAUACUGAUAUGUCUUUGGAUAACCAAUCUGCGAACAUUUUAGAAGUGAACAGUGAUACAUUUGUGGAUCACCUAUCCAUGGAUGUGCUGAAAACUGAACAUAAUGUGAGUGCUAAUUCUCUGCAAUCAGAAAUAGCACCAGAGCCUUGUGCACAACAAAAUUUUGUGGAAGAGAACAAUCUCACUGAUGUUAACAUGGUUAAUGAAGAUGAAAGUGAUGAUGUAAUUGCUGACGCUGCAGCUGCUGCCAGAUCAGCACAACCAACUGGUAACACCUUCAUGACAACCAAAGUGCGCACAAAAUUCCCAUUCCUUCUUAAGCACUCGCUUCGAGAAUACCAGCAUAUAGGGUUGGAUUGGUUGGUUGCUAUGUAUGAGAAGAGGCUUAAUGGAAUUCUAGCAGAUGAAAUGGGUUUAGGCAAGACAAUCAUGACUAUCUCCUUGCUUGCACACCUUGCGUGUGAGAAGGGAAUAUGGGGUCCUCAUCUUAUUGUUGUACCGACUAGUGUUAUGCUAAAUUGGGAGACAGAAUUUCUCAAGUGGUGUCCUGCUUUUAAAAUAUUGACUUACUUCGGAAGUGCAAAGGAGAGAAAGCAAAAGCGUCAGGGCUGGAUGAAACCAAAUUACUUCCACGUUUGCAUCACAACAUACAGGCUUGUCAUCCAGGACUCUAAAGUGUUUAAGCGAAAAAAGUGGAAAUAUCUUAUUCUUGAUGAGGCUCAUCUGAUAAAGAACUGGAAAUCACAGCGAUGGCAGACUUUACUUAAUUUUAAUUCGAAGCGACGCAUUCUUUUGACUGGAACGCCAUUGCAAAAUGACCUUAUGGAACUUUGGUCCCUGAUGCAUUUUCUGAUGCCUCAUGUAUUUCAGUCUCAUCAGGAGUUCAAAGAUUGGUUCUGCAAUCCAAUUUCAGGUAUGGUGGAGGGCCAAGAUAAAGUAAAUAAAGAAGUUAUAGAUCGAUUGCACAAUGUCCUUCGUCCAUUUAUACUGCGGCGUCUGAAAAGAGAUGUUGAGAAACAGUUACCUAAGAAGCAUGAGCAUGUCAUAUAUUGCCGACUUUCAAGAAGGCAAAGGAACUUGUAUGAAGAUUUUAUUGCUAGCUCAGAGACACAAGCAACACUAGCAAGUGGGAAUUAUUUUGGCAUGAUAAGUAUCAUUAUGCAACUUAGAAAGGUCUGUAACCAUCCAGAUCUUUUUGAAGGUCGCCCAAUAAUAAGCUCAUUUGACAUGCCUGGGAUUAACAUGCAUCUGAGCUAUUCAGUAUGCAUGCUCCUUGAUAAGACUCCAUUUUCUCAGGUUGACCUAUCUGAAAUGAAUUUUCUGUUUACUCAAAAUGAAUUUAGCAUGAGUUCCUGGGAAUCUGACGAGGUGGUUGCUGCUUUUCCUCCGGGUAUUACCUCCCGGGACUCUGAUCUGGAUGUUUCUUGCUCUAAUAAGGAUCAUCAGGGAAGUAAUGUAAUGAAUAUUUUUGAAGAUAUUCAGAAAGCCCUACAGGAGGAGAGAAUAAAGGAAUCUAGAGAAAGGGCAGCUUCCAUUGCAUGGUGGAAUAGGGUACGGUGUCAAAAGAGGCCUGUCUAUGGCACAAACAUGAGAGAAGUUUUGACUGUAAAGCAUCCUGUAUCUGAUAUUCUCGAGAAGAGGAACAACCCUUUGUGCCACAUGGAUUAUUCAUCGAGCCUUGCAGAUCUUGUUCUUCCAUCUGUGGGACGCUUUCAGAAAAUGCUUGAUAUUGUUGAAUCAUUUACAUUUGCCAUUCCUGCUGCUCGAGCUCCUCCUCCUGUUUGCUGGUGCAGCAAAGGAAAGUCUCCUGUUUUUAUUGAUCCGGUGUACAGAGAAAAAUGCAUGAAUGAGUUUUCCCCCAUUCUGUCUCCUAUAAGGUCUGCUAUUGUUCGGCGUCAGGUUUACUUUCCUGAUAGGCGUUUGAUCCAGUUUGAUUGUGGCAAGUUGCAGGAACUUGCUAUUCUGCUGAGGCGUUUGAAGUCAGAAGGGCACAGGGCCUUGAUAUUUACUCAGAUGACUAAGAUGCUUGAUGUCUUGGAAGAGUUCAUAAAUUUAUAUGGAUAUACAUAUUUACGUUUAGAUGGUUCUACACCGCCAGAAGAAAGGCAGACCCUGAUGCAGAGGUUCAACACAAAUCCGAAGUUUUUCCUUUUUAUUCUAUCUACUCGUAGUGGUGGUGUGGGAAUCAACCUAGUAGGUGCAGACACUGUCAUAUUCUAUGACAGUGACUGGAACCCUGCAAUGGACCAACAGGCACAGGACAGAUGUCACAGGAUUGGUCAGACUCGUGAAGUUCACAUAUAUAGACUCAUUAGUGAAAGUACUAUAGAGGAGAACAUUCUGAAGAAAGCGAAUCAGAAACGAGCUCUUGAUGAUCUAGUGAUACAGCGAGGUAGCUACAAUACAGAGUUCUUCAAGAAGCUUGAUCCUAUGGAGUUUUUUUCCGGCCACACUCUUCGUGUGGAAGACCAGCAGAAGGACUGCUCUGCAAGUGCUGGAUCUUCAAAUGAUUUGGAUGUGGCGUUGUCAAAUGCAGAUGUUGAAGCGGCUAUUAGACAAGCAGAAGAUGAAGCUGACUAUAUGGCUCUUAAGAAGCUGGAGCAGGAAGAAGCCGUGGACAAUCAGGAGUUCAGUGAGGAGGUUGCUGGUAGACCAGAGGAUGAUGAAUUGGUAAAUGAGGAGGAUGUAAAACCCGACGAACAAAUUAACGAAGAACACAGAUAUAACUCUUCGGAUGUGGAGAAGGAGAAGAAUGUUGCUUUGCCCAUCAAUCAAUUAAACAAAGAAAAGGCUCUUACAUUGGCUGUUGGUGAUGAAGAUACAGACAUGCUUGCUGAUGUGAAACAGAUGGCUGCCGCCGCAGCUGCUGCAGGACAAGCAAGUUCGUCCUUUGAAAACCAGCUCCGGCCAAUUGAUAGAUAUGCAAUGCGCUUUAUGGAACUCUGGGAUCCAGUAAUUGACAAAGCUGCUAUAAAUCAUCAAGUAAAUGUUGAGGAGGAAGAAUGGGAGCUCGAUCGUAUUGAAAAACUCAAAGAGGAUUUAGAAGCAGAAAUCGAUGAAGAUCAGGAACCACUUUCUUAUGAAUCAUGGGAUCUUGAUUUUGCUACAACAGCCUAUCGCCAACAUGUUGAGGCUUUAACUCAAAAGCAGUUGCUGGAAGAACAGGAAAGACAGGCUCGGGAAGCAGCAAAAGAAUUGGAGGAGAUGAAUGAUAAUAUGAGCAGUCACCGUAGAAAGUCAAAAAAGAACAAAAAGAAGACAGGCAAGUUCAAAUCCUUGAAAAGAGGGCGUUUAUCGUCUGAGUCAGAAGUCAUACUGGAGGAAACCUCUAUAGAUACAAUGAGCAUUGAUGACAAUGCACCCUCACCUGAGCUUAUAAGUGAUGACUCGCCACGCCAUUAUUCUAACAAGCGUAAGAAGAUUAUGUCUGCUACUGAGGAAGAAAAUGCUAGCAGCAGAAGUUUGAAGAAGUUCAAGAAAUUCACUAAAUCAAGUUGUAUCUCAGAAGCCUUGUCACCUAGGCACUUGAGGGAAGAGCUUAAUGAUUCAGAUCCAAAAUCAUCAUCUAGAACUAAGAGUGAUGGCAGAAUCUCCAUCCCUUGCAUGCCAGUAAAACGUGUUAUUUUAAUAAAGCCUGAGAGACUAAAAAAGAAGGGAUUAUGGUCUCGCGAUUGUACUUCAGACUCAUGGACAUCUGAGGAAGAUGCAGUUCUUUGUGGAACUGUACAUGAGUAUGGUCCUCUUUGGGAACUGGCAAGUGAUUUUCUUCAUUCCUUACCAGGUGGGGCUUUUUAUAGGGGAAGAUAUCGUCAUCCUGUGCAUUGCUGUGAGAGAUACCGAGAACUAUUCUGCAAACAUGCAAUGCCAGCAGCAGAUAAUUCUAACAAUGAAAAGGUUCCUUCUGGGACUGGAAAGGCUAUACUGAGAGUAUCUGAGGAUCAAGCUCAGAUGUUGGUGAAUGUGACCAGUGAACUUCCUAACAAUGAAUUGCUUCUCCAAAAACACUUCAUGGCUGUACUUUCGUCUGUCUGGAGAUCAAAAUGUUGGCGUGAUCCCCGCCGUGUUACGAGUACUUACUCUAGUGCACUACAUAUGUUUUCUCCUGCGAAAAAGCCUGGUGGAUCAAGUGAGAACUGGCCCAUGGUAAAUUUUAGACCAGGCGCCAAUCUAGUGAGGACAGCCCUUGCAGAUGCUCAGGCUCAAUCUACACGAAUGGCGAUUCCGCCACCGAUGAGAAAUCAGGAAUACCACCGGAAUUAUUUAGAAUUAGAGUUGGAUUUCUUGACAGAUCAACAUCGUUAUAAUGAGGACUUCCCAUCUGUAGUGAAUGUGUCCAUACUAGAACCAGAGCCAGUCAAACAGGCUGCGGAACCAGUGGAACAAUCAUUAUUGUCUGGGCUUUCUUGUAGACAAGCUGAGAACCGAUUCAGGAUAGCAUCAGAAGCUUGUUACGAAGGUGAAGGUUCUCAUUGGGCAUCAUCAGCUUUCCAUAUAAAUGAUGCCACCCGGCACAAAUCUGGUCCAAAGACCAUAGGAAAGCACAAAGCAGCAUCAGAAUGUGGAAGACCUCCCAAAUCCAAAAUCCAGAAGAUUACUGAAUCACAUCAGGAAGUGCCAAUUGCCUCGAGUCAUUUUCACCGGAUGCCUGGUCAAUUAUUGCCAGAUGCAGCUGACUUCAACAUUAGCGAGUCCCUAUCUGACUUUGGUAUCAGCGAUUCUGAAUUCAACUACUCUGAGGAUCUGUGGCAAGAGGUUGACUACCUCGAGUUCCUCCCGGACCAGGAUGACUCUGUUCUCCUUCCUGGUAUUGAGGAGUUAGAGCCUCUUUCAGAUUUCACAGACAUCGGAUGAACAUAGAUGAGCAAAAUUGUUCCUGAUGGCAUGUCCCUCCUAUCAAGAGGAGAGAAGAUUGCCUCUGGCAGGAGCCCAAGGAUAUAGAUCGAUUGCUCAGCCGAGCACAGAUGUGCUGCAAGCUUGAUCAUGGUUGGCUGGAGCAAAGCUGUUGGCUUGGUGAGGUCACAUUGAUCCGACAAGCUUGGGGGAUGGGUUUGCACUAAUGGCGGCAUUGGGUAAUUUCCAUACAUGUAUGUAUAUUGCUAGUCUAGAAUCUUAGAUGUAGAAAUGUCUCCCUCAUUUGUGUUUGAGGGCAGACCUUGUAACUCGACCACAUGGAAAUUUUGUUGAGCAGGUACAGACAGAGAAGGGGAAAGAGGAGGCCCUCGGCAUCACCCAUUCGUUGCUGUUUCUCAUGUUUUGAUCAUUCUCUAUUUUAUUCAGGGCUGGUUUCCAUCUCUAUAUCAGAAAUGUAUGAUGUGUCAAUGUAGCUGCAAAAGAAUGAUCAGAGUCAAUUGCAGCUUAUGUGAAGAGGAAUGCUGGCUCUUGGUCAGAACCAAUGUAGCUACAGAAGAAUGAUUAGAGCCAAUGCAGCUGCAAACGAAUGAGCAAUGCUUGGAUCAAUAUCAUCAUAAACUGGUCUUCCAGUUCACAUGAGGAUUGCAGUUUCUGGUUUAAUAGCGAUUCUGAAGGCAUUUUUUCUUUUUUACUUCGAAGGCUGGUUCAUUGGAGGUAAGAGGACCAUAGGUAUACAUGCAUAUAAAUUGAUGCUAAUGGUCACAUUGUGGACUUGUGGCCCUGUGGACUGUUUCUCGGUUGUCACGCCAGUCAACGGCCUUCGCUUUCGCUGUAUGAGGUGACUGGUGAUGAGGGGGCUUGGAGAACCGCUGGAUGCUGCUAUAAGCCUGGAACUCUGCAACUUAAUGUGCACGAUUCCAUAUUGAUCUGGAGUUGCAUCACUGCAAAGCAACGCCGAGAUGAUUGAGGUUUACUGUUUUGCUCAAAACUAGUUCUGACUUCCGAGCUUGUAUUCAGUCUUAGCCUCUUAGGACCUGCAAGGACAUACGACCUUUGUCCAUAUGCUGACCUAUUUGAUCUAUGCUGAGGAUUGAGCAUUUUUUGCUUCA